GUUUGUUGGACUCGAGAGAGUCGAAAGUCGAAACACUAUUUUCUUACACGGGCCCCUGAAACUUCGUUUUUCGUCCUUUCUUUUCUUUCAACCUUUCCCCAAUUACUUCAUCAGUCAUUUCUUCCUUCCAUCCGAAGCUCUGAAUUCCGCCAUGAAAGCAAUCUAUUGAAGCAAAAGCGGAAAAAUCCUUUACAACUGCUCCUCUAACGGAAUAUCAAGAAGCAGAAUAAAAUGAGCGCCGCGACUGACAGGACCGACACUGCCGGCAAUCUCAGCAAAAAUGGCAACACCACCAACCGCCAAGAUCCCGCUUCUUACUUCCUCGCACUGGCGCGGCAGGGCUCGCCUCCGACGGACGGGGUGACGGGCGCGGCGGAGGAGGACUGCGAGCGGGAAGAUGUCCCGACGGAGCUCAACACGAUCAACAGUUCCGGGGGGUUUGUGGUGGUGUCGACGGAUAAGCUCUCGUUGAAGUACACGAAUGUCAAUCUCCACGGGCACGACGUCGGAGCUGUUCAGGCGAACAAGCCGGCUCCCGUCAAGCGGCUCGUGUAUUACUUCGAGAUGUAUGUGAAGAAUGCUGGUGCGAGGGGCCAGUUCGCGAUUGGAUUCACUAACGAGACUUUCAAGAUGAGGAGGCAGCCCGGGUGGGAAGCUAACACUUGUGGGUAUCAUGGGGAUGAUGGCCAUCUUUAUCAUGGUCAUGGAAAAGGACAGCCUUUUGGGCCAACAUUUACAACCAAUGAUACUGUUGGCGCUGGUAUUAACUAUGGUUCACUGGAGUUCUUUUUCACUAAAAAUGGAGCAAUUGUUGGAGCAGUCAAAAAGGAGAUCACGGGUGCCUUAUUCCCUACAGUUUCUGUUCACAGCCAGAACGAGGAGAUUGAAGUUAACUUCGGUCAAAAGCAAUUUGCAUUUGAUAUCAAGGAAUAUGAAACACGGGAAAGGAUGAAGCAACACCUGAGAAUUGAUAAAACACCUUUGUCGCCAAAUGCCAGCUACAAACUCAUCCGGUCGUACUUGCUGCAUUAUGGAUAUGAAGAAACUCUCAAUUCAUUUGAGUUGGCUACUAAGAAUACAGUUCCUCCAAUAUCCAUGUCUCAGGAAAAUGGCUCUGAUGUGCAAGACAUAAUUUAUGCAUUAAAUCAGAGAAGAGAGCUUAGACAGCUAAUCAGAAAUGGCGAGAUUGAUGCAGCAAUUAACAAGAUCCGUCAGUGGUUUCCACAGAUUCUUGAGCCGCACUAUCUUUUUCAGGAUGACAAGUCAGCAACUUGUUUUCUGCUCCACUGUCAGAAAUUCAUUGAAUUGGUUCGAGUUGGUGAACUGGAGGAAGCUGUAAACUAUGGAAGAAUGGAAUUGGCGAAGUUCUUUGAGUUGCCAGUGUACAAUGAUCUUGUUCAGGAUUGUGUAGCCUUGCUAGCAUACGAGGAGCCACUGCAAUCAGCAGUGGGCUAUCUCCUAGAGGGCACGCAGCGAGAGACCGUUGCAGACACAGUAAACGCCAUGGUGUUGCUGACGAAUCCGAACGUGAAGGACUUACAAGGCUGCUUGCAGUCAUAUCUCGAGAGGGUAGUGAGGCAACUGACUGUUUGCUGUCUGGAGAAGCGGUCGUUGAGUGGUAAACAGGGCGAGGGGUUCAGUCUACGUAGGGCACUUAACAGUAACUACAAUGCCAAGAGAAGCUAACCCCACCAUGCAAUAGGCGGGCAGGCAGAAAAGUGGGUUGAUUUCUGGUACCCAUCCGAUGUUGACUUCUGUUGAAUUUUGCCUGGAAGUUGAAAAAUGCUUUUGGGUUCUUUUCUUACUGUACAUAUAGGAUUUGUUGUUCAGAAAGAUGCAGUCUUUUUGUUGUAAAGACCCAUAUGAAUGUUGGCGCCAAUGCGAAGAAUUGAAAUCCCUAAGCUCGUAGCUAUUCCUGAUAAAUUCAGUGGUAAAUAGCUCCUUAUUGCUUUCAACAUAUGCAGCUUUAACAGUUUACUAGCUUUUAUCUUUUCAGGUGUGCCUCUUGAACUGUACUUGGCUGUACUUUUAUGCAUAUUUUGAAAGCAAGCCUAAAUCACUUGGUCCUGUUUUUGCAUGUGACCCUGAUUGGUACUUCUGGACUUGCUGGAUCUUAUGUUGAACAAAGAGCUUAAAGUCCCGGAAUCUGUGAUCCGAUUUGGCUUAGUUGCGAAAGUUUUUUUAGCUUGAAAUCUGUGUUUGUCGAUGGUUUCUAUCAAGUUGCUGAUCUUGGAAACUUUUUAAAAUGGAGUUCGAUUGUAGUUCAAUAAAAAGCUUAGCUAUUUCAAGAUUUGCAUUGAUGUAAUACUGUUCACGUCAUUUCAGUUCCAUUUAGCUGUAUUUCACUGGAAGCAAAGGUUUCUUCAAGCAAAUAAGGCCGACAACUUUUUCCCCUUGUGUUGGUGUAUAAUAUCAUCCAUGUUGGAAAACGAUCGAUUUAAAAAUAAUAAGAAAGGAUCUGUAACUGUA